AUGGAAAUGGGCGAUACUACCUGGACAGAGGAAAAAGUCGACAUGGACUCCUCAUUUGAAGAUAUCGCUCCCGUCGCUGCGGAGGGUGCUAGCGAGUAUGGUCCAACCACGCCAGACUGUGGAUUCAUCGAGAACCAACUCCACCUCUGCCGGCUGCAGGACGAUCUUGAAAUGAUUCUCUACAUUUUCUGUCGUGUUGUCGCUCCCGAUAUCAUCCAAAAACGACGCUGGGACUGCUACAAAGCCGCCGAGCUGACCAGGAUUGCCGGUGACGUUAUUCGGUAUUGUAAACGCAACACCCAGUUCCUCAGCCACACCGGAAUCUCGUACCUGGAAAGAGAUUUCUUUGUUCAGGACCUUAGGGAGUGCAGAGAUGUUCAGAAUUUCGCCCUUCAUCGUCUACGCGUUCCAGGAGAUAGACUCAGGACACUACUUGACUGUGGGACUCGGGUCAUGGUGACUGUCCAGCAUAUGCUUGGCUCGCGCUACGAGAUCGAGAUGGACAAUAUGCAUAAAUGGCUUGCGUCUCAGAAUUGGGAUGUUCAUGACCCUAGGGACUUGCCUGCAUCGGUAUUGAAGGGAGACGCCCAGAUGACCGCGAAAGAAAGUGAACAAAAAUUGUUUGCUGGCAAAGAAUUUGGUGGUGAAACAGCAUUUGGUGGCAAGGAGUUCAGUGGUAAAAAACCAUUUGAUGGCAAAGGGAUUAGUGGUGAAAGGCCAUUUGGCGGCAAAGGAAUUGGUGGUGAAAGGUUGUUCGGCGGAGGUGGGGCAUUUGCCCGAAAAGGAUUCGGUGAAAAGACGUUCAUCAGGAACGAACGCGUGGCAUAA